CUCCCUCUCUCCCUCUGUCGAUGAUGCUGUGCAACACAGUCAGCAGAUGUGACUGUACACAGAAGGGGUGCAAACAAAGAGGCGCAGAACUGUGCUGCCCGCAGAGAGACAAGAGGGACACGGAGAGGCAGAGAGGGAGUGUGUGUGUGUGCAUGUGUAUAGACAGCCAGCCAGACAGCCAGAUCGACAGACAGACCUAAGCCAGAAAUACGACAUUGGCCAAUGCAGCCAGGCAGGCAGGCAGGCAGGCCGCGACCACACGCACCAGACCCACUCACUCACAGGCGACAGACAGACAAACACACCAAUCCAGCACCAGCAUCAAUCAGCAGCCAUCCCAGCACCCAACUAAGUCACCAAUCCCACUUAUCAGUUUUCCCUCUCUCUCUCUCUCUCUCUCUUGUCAUCUUGGCCACCAAAACAGACAGCAAACAGCCAGCUCAUAGCAGUCAGUCAGUAAGGUAGGAGGCAAACAAUGGUACAAUGCAGUGCAUGAGUGCACUCAUUCCAUCACACGACAAAACAAUGGUACACCCCAUCAGCCGAGACUAGAAGGAGCCAGAGAGAGAAAGCGACAAAGAGCCGUACGUGUAGUCAGUCAGUAUGCACAGAGAAAAAUGCGAUCGGGGGAGAACAAGAAGCAGGCCAAUAAGCCUGCCCCCCUCGUCCCCACACCAUCCAUCCAUCCAUCCACUCGGCCAUAUCAUGCCUGCCUGCCUGCAUCAACCAUCCAUGCGCUGCAUCACACCAUGGUCCCAGACUGUCUGUCCUGUCCAGCAGCUCUCGCCGCGUUUAUAUCGAUACGCGAGAGCGCCGGCCAAAGUCACACACACCCGCACCCAGGCAGACGACGCCCACACGAGGCAGGUCACACCUCUUCCUUGGCCCGGACGCCUUCGCUUUGUGGGCUGCAGUCCCUCUCGCCUCCCAGCAUGGUCGGGCUGUUUGGCAGAGACGAGGACGGGCCACAAAUGCCGCCAUAGUCGUGCAGCCGCGGCCUCGGCCACCCGCCCUCCCAGUCGCUGCAUGAACCAUCCGCAUGGUUCCUCCUUAUGUCAAUGCUGAGAACCCGAUGGUGGUGGGUGUGGUGGCGGGUCUCCCUGCCGGCCAUGGGCGAGUGGCUCGCGACGUCCCUGCGGUUGCUCCGACUGUGUGUGUCGUGUUGGGUGAGGGCGUGCGCUGCGACUGCACCACCGGUGUGGAUGUCGUUGUCUGAUGGGCAUGGGUCGUCGAUGUCGAUGCUGGUCAUGGACAGAACCUUGGCGGGCGUCAUGCCGCCGUGUCCGUUGGUCUGCUGGCUGGUGGAGAGCUCCUCCUCGUCGUAGAGGCCGUCCUCCUCCGCCAGGCCCUUGCGCUUGGUGCAGUCGUGGCUGUCGGUGCGGGUGAGGUUGGCCAGCUCCGAAAGACUGGCAGUGGUGCUCAUGCGCACGCGACGCUGCACCAACACACACACAAACGGGAUCAUUCAUUCAUAUCAAAUCAUGCCAUUCAUUCAAUCAGUCACGUGAAAGUCUCUCUCGCGCUACACGUCCCUCCCGCUCCGCUACCCCCGCCCCGCUCUCUGGCUAAUCAAUCUCGCUUCUUGCUGCCCCCUGCUGCAGAUCUACUGGCCGCAGCGCUCCCCUGGUCCCUUUCGCCACUGAGUGUGUCCAUCAUCAUUACCUGCUCGCCAGCAUGGUCGUCGCCGUGUGCGGUCCUGGCGUGGCUCCUCGCGAGAGUGACGACUCCCGCCAGGACGAGGGAUAUCCCCACGCCGUAUAGCGAUGGCAGCAUGGGCCGCUCCCCCAGCACCACCAUGCCCGCCACGCUGCGGCAGGCGAUCAGGAAGGCCAUCGUGGUGGGCACGAUGAACACCGCCUGGAACUGAUGGAUGGAUGAUGGACGAAAAGAAACGACACACAAUCAGGUGUGGUGUGGUGUGGAUGGCAUGGCUUGUGUCGGGUGUUUUGGUGAGCUGGAUGUGCUGUGCCUACCGUACCUGUGAGAGUCCCUUGUUGAAGAAGUAUAGUUGGCCGAGAGCCGACCCCACCGCAGCGAUGACAAAGAUAUAGAACUCUCCCGGGAGCCCCAGGAACAUCCCAGCCGUGAAGCCCGCGGCGUUGCCGGUGGCCCCGUUGGUGGCCUCCACGCCCCGCUCCGCAGACGCCGCCACCUCCUUGGCAUUAACCAGCUCGAUGGCCGUCUUGGCUGCUAUCGUCACAUUCGCACCCCAAAGCGCCGCUGAUGCUGCGAAUGGAUGGAGAGACAAACAAAGAGGCAGGCGGACGUGGAUGCGAUGCAUGCCUAAUGCAUGUGACAGACACAUUGCCUCUGUGUGGCUGCUCAGCGUCUCACCGGCAACACAGAACUGCUUGAGCCUGGGCCACUUCUCGACUAUCUUUUGAGACCCGAGCACGGCCACCACGACUAGAGCCCCCCAGACGAUGGCAUAGAUAAUGAAGGUGGGUCUCGUAUAGAGGUAGACGACAUCGGUGCGGCUGAAUCCGCCGCUGCCGUGUGGGCCGUAUAGGACGACCAAGAGGAUGCCGCCGAUGAUGACCAGCGACCCGAUGACGUCGGCCCGACCGAUGGACUCACCCGUCAGGAAAUAAGCCGCCAAGACAUUCCAGAAGAUAUGCAGACCCUGACAGACAGAUCAAUGGAUGGAUGGACACCAAGCAGAGGGCAGAGAGGACGGACACACACGCAUGCACGUUGCAUGUCUGCUUGCAUGAAGCUUCCUUGUGUGUGUGGGAGGCAUCUCAUCUACCGCAAAGGGCGAGAGCAUCGACUGAGCAGAACAGAAGGAGCGAACAAAACAGACAGAGAUGUCAUAAACCCAUCCAUCAACAGACAGACCAGGCCCCCUCCCAUGCCUCUCACCGCUGCAGCGAAGGUCAGGCCUCCGAGAGUGAGUAGAGGGUCCACCACAGCAAUCAUGACGAUGCCAAUGAGCCACAGCGGCCUCUUGAUAAGAGGACGUUGCUCCGAAGCGGCCUUCUGUCGCUCCUUGACAAAGCUCAGUCGGACCAGAUUGUCCGCUAUCGCCCCCUGGCACGAGUUGACGGCGGCCAACGCCACACCCAGCCACCACAUGCCCAUUCUCGACGAGGGGGGCACACUAUCGACGCUUCAGCGGUCCUCAGAGGGGAAUCGUUGUUCCGAUACGCCCGUUCUCAGCUCAAGUCUUUCGGGAGAAAACAACUCGUCGCCGCUUCAGGCGAUUCAUCAGCUCGAUGGGCUCACCAUAUUGCCAUCCAUAUCACCUCGCCAGUCCUGUUUUUUCCUCUCCG